GUGCUGUGGGCUGCGGGUUCUGUUCUUCGUCGUACACGACGAAUCGUUGUUGGGUUCAGUUCGGUUCGGUUCGCUUUGGUUUCGUUAUAAAAGACGAGGGUUCUAUUUCAAAUUUAUGGAGUUGUCAUUGAGCUCGCGAAGGUUCCGAGUCCUUACCAACUAGUAGUAGUGUGUGCUUUCAAUUAAAAGUGAUAGUGGUUGAUCAAAUAUCAACAAUUCAAUAUUCAACAAGUAUUCUUUUUAUCAAUCGGCAACAAAACGUUUUCAAAUAUGCAUUUGCUGUUUGUAGUAUUAGCCUGUGGCACAUUGGCUCUGAGUGCAGCUAACGAAUGGGGUUACCCAGAUCUGGAAAACAAUCAGGAUGAACCAUUUCCAAAGUGGGGCGGUCUCUGUGACAGUGGUAAGAAGCAGAGUCCCAUCAAUCUGCAUGUGAAUGGCGCCCUCAAGGGCGAAUUCGAUCCGCUGAAGUUUGAGAACUACGACGAACAUCAAGGUUCACUCCAAAUGGUCAACAAUGGACACUCAAUUCAAAUCUCGGGCUUUGAUCACGAACUGACGCUAAGUGGCGGCGCUCUGGGCAGCGACUAUGUGGUGGAGCAAAUUCACAUGCAUUGGUGGUCAGAGCACACGAUCAACACCAUUCGUUAUCCCCUCGAAGUGCACAUUGUGCAUCGCAAUACCAUCUACCCGAACAUUACGAUGGCUGCCAAUUUCAAGGAUGGCAUCACGGUACUCGGUGUGCUUUACCACGUGUCGAACACACCCAACGAGGCCAUCGACAGCAUCAUCAAGAGUCUGGGCGAGAUCAAGGCCUAUGAGCAGCAAAAUGUGCCUGUGAAUGUUGCCGACAGUUUGGCUGUCGAUGAUCUGAUACCCAGUGUUGCUAAUUACUUCACCUAUGCGGGUUCGCUGACCACGCCCACGUGCGCUGAGGCUGUCACCUGGAUUGUGUUGACCCAAACGUUCCCCGUGACCUUGGCCCAGGUGAAUGAGUUCAAGGAGAUCGAGUACGAUCAGGGCAAGCAGCUGCACAACAAUUACCGUGAGAUUCAGAGCGAGAACAAUCGUGCCGUUGUCCUUGUGGAGCAGCUGCAACGUGCCGGAGCAGCUCAGCUCUCUGCCUUGGGAUUGAGCCUCACUUUGUUGCUCUGUUUUGCAGUGCAGAAAAUCAAUUUGCUGUAGUUGAAUUCAACUGACAGAGAGAGCGGCCAUAACAAAAAACCAUAUCAGCCAUAGACAGACCAAAGACUGCACCUAAAACAUUUUAUGUGCGGAUGAUACAACGAAUUUUCUAAGCAGUGGAAAUGGAGAAGAGAAAGAGGAAGAAAGAGAGAGAGAGCAAAAAAUCCAGAGACAGGACCAGACAAUACUACAAUAUACUCAUUAUUUGAAAUCAGGCUUUGAAGCGUCGUGAUGAAAUUCAAAUAAAAAUUCAACUAGUCAAUUUUGUGUGACAUUCAAAGCAUGUGCCUUAAAAACACUCAUAACUUUUAUUAUCCUACGUAAACAUAUUUAAUAAAGAGAAAUCAUUUUUAUAAGCAAA